AUGAAGGAGCAAAGUAUACAAAAAACAGGGCAUGUGAUAGUAAUAGAAGGUAUCCUUAGUAAUAAAUGCAUAAAAGAAGUAACUGAGAGCCAUUGCAAAACAGAACAUCAUAACAAUUUUUCCAUGAAGUGUUCGGAAGCUUUUUAUAGCAAAAUAAAUGAUAACAACUGCCAUGGAAGUCAAGGCCGAGACACUUGA